AUGGAGAAUAAGAAGAGAUCUUUCGUUGCUGUUUUAUCUCUUCUCCUGCUUCUGUUAAUUGCUUUCAAUGGAGCUUCUAUCUUCUCCAUAAUGAUACCUUACCAGGAAAAUAUCGCCGGAGAUUCAAGAAACUUGGUGUCUGUGUCGUCAUCUUUGUCGAAUUUGAUGUAUGCGCUUGAAGAAGAAAACCCAUCUGUAAUCUCGAAAACCCAUUUCAAGUUACAGCGAAAUACGGUGGCCGGCGGCGGAGAUUAUACAAGCUUUAACCCUGUACCUUACUCAAUGCACGAUGUAGAACAACAUCAGCAGCAGAGUAUAUCCUUGGUGAAAGAAGAAACGCCAUCUGUAAUCUCAAAUACCCAUUUACCCCUUCUGCGAAAAUCUCACAGUUUACCUUUCGAAACCGAAGAUUUCCCGGUCAAAAAGAAGAAACUUUUGGAGGGUUUGACUUUCAUGGAGCCUUCUGACCGGUUCCGGCGAGGGUAUUUCCGGGCGAGAGUGAAGGAAUUCUUUAGCAAGAAUGAGACUUCUUGCAAGGUUCGUUUCUUUAUGACGUGGAUUUCGCCAUUGAAUUCUUUUGGUGAAAAAGAAGUCCACUCAAUCGAAACUGUAUUCAACACACACCCAAAUGGGUGUCUGCUAAUCCUUUCAAACUCCAUGGAUUCGAAUAGAGGACGCCAGAUUCUAAAACCAUUUUUGGAAAAAGGGUUUCGAGUAACAGCAAUUUCGCCUGAUUUACACUACUUGUUCAAGAACACAAUGGCAGAAUCAUGGUUUUUUAAGUUAACUAGAGGUGAUGUUGAUGCUGGGUUCAUUCCAUUUGGUCAAAACUUAUCGAACUUGCUUCGGCUUUGUUUGUUAUAUAAAUUCGGUGGGGUUUAUAUGGAUACCGAUGUUAUGAUUUUGAAAAGCUUCUCGAAGUUAAAGAAUUCAAUCGGAGCUCAAACAUUGGAUUUGGGUUCAAAGAACUGGAGCAGGUUGAAUAAUGCAGUCAUGGUGUUCGAUAAAAUGCAUCCAUUGGUUUACAAGUUUAUCGAAGAGUUCGCAUUAACUUUCAAUGGAAACAAAUGGGGUCACAAUGGUCCUUACUUGGUUUCACGUGUAGUUUCAAGGCUUGAAGGUAGGCCUGGAUAUAAUUUUACGAUUCUACCCCCAUCAGCUUUUUAUCCAGUGAACUGGAACAGGGUUCGGAAUCUUUUUCGUGGGGCUAAAAAUGAGACGGAUGCAAAAUGGUUGAGGUGUAAACUUAGGCAGAUUCGAAGCCAGAGUUAUGCUGUUCAUCUUUGGAAUAAGCAGAGUAGAAACCUUCGUGUUGAAGAAGGAAGCAUUUUGGGAAAGAUUUUAUCAAGUCAUUGUGUUUUCUGCAAUUCAUCCACAAAUAGCAUUGUUGAAUGA